AUGCUUUUUUCACCUCUGCCCUUGGUAAGCCUAUCGGGAGUGGUCGGCGGACAGCGCUUUGCUGCCAUCAGGGGCGACCAGAGGGUGCUGUGCGACAAAAUCCGCCGCAUGGCGCGCUGCGAUGGUGUAAAGCGCAUCUCGGGCGACCUCUACGAGGAGGUGCGCCGCGUGCUGAAGGCCUACGUGGAGGACAUUGUGCGCUGCAGCGCAGCCUGCAUUGAGUACGCGCGCAAGAAGACAGUGACGGCGAGCGAUGUCGUGAACGCGCUUGCGCAAGCGCGGCCACAUCCUUUACGGCUACGCGUAAGCAAGCGUGCUUCGGUGCCUGGCCGCCCGUCUCCCUUGCCUACGCACUUGCGUGGGCGACGGGCGGCCAGGGUUUGUGUGCACUUAUAG